AUGCAACAAGCUGUUUCCAUGGUGAAAGUCAAAGGUCAGGGGCAUAUGAUUACACGAUCGUUUUAUUUGGACCAAGACAAGACGUCGAUACGCUGGAAACCUUCCAGGAAAGUGGAUGCCAAAAUACCCAUUGACUGUAUCCGAGAAAUCAGACAAGGUGCUUCCACUGAUGUAUUUCUCAAAUGCCAGGAUGGAAUGUUUGACUCUUCCUGCUGUUUCUCUAUUAUCUAUGGCAACCAGUGUGAUGUUUUAGAUUUAGUUGCUAGGCAACAAGAAGAUGCCACUGUCUGGACUGUUGGUUUGAAGUAUUUAAUGGCAGGAAUGUCUGAGGAGGAAAGUCACACCCAACAACAGCGGUUACGAGACCAGUGGUUGAAAUCAACAUUUAAAUCAGCUGAUAAAAGUGGAGAUGGUCUCUUGAGUAUCGGCGAAGUCAUUAUGUUAUUGCACAGACUUAACGUUAAUUUAAGUAAAAGAAAAGUUAGGCAGAUGUUCAAGGAAGCAGAUACUAAUAUCACUGACCAGAAUGAAGGACUUUUAGAUUUUGAUGAAUUUGUUAGUUUUUAUAAAAGAAUAAGUACAAGAAAAGAAAUUUAUAUGUUGUUACUUCGCUAUGGCAACGGGAAGGAAUACCUGACUGCUGCAGAACUUGCUCAUUUUUUAGAGACAGAACAAACAAUGACGAGUGUUAGUCUUAGGUAUUGUCUGGAUGUGAUAAAGAAUUUUGAACCCGUGCCUGAUAAUGCCAAGAAUGGAUGGCUGGGAAUUGAUGGUUUUAGCAGAUAUUUACUCAGCAGAGAAGGUGAUAUUUUCAACCCAAUACAUUCCAAAGUCCAUCAAGACAUGACCCGACCGCUAUCUCACUAUUACAUAGCAGCAUCCCAUAAUACUUAUCUCCUAGGCGACCAGUUACUGUCUAAAUCAAGUAUGGAUGUGUAUGCGUUUGUUUUACAAAAUGGCUGUCGCUGUGUAGAAGUUGACUGUUGGGAUGGUCCUGAUGGGGAACCCAUGGUUUACCAUGGUUACACUCUAACUUCAAAGAUUCCUUUCAAGAAUGUUAUUCAGACCAUCAAUAAGUAUGCAUUUACCAGUAGUCCAUACCCACUUAUAGUGUCAGUGGAAAACCACUGUUGCCUGGAGCAACAGAAGAUAAUGGCAUCUUACAUGAAAGAAAUCUUCGGUGAUCAUCUAAAUAUCGACCCACCUGACCGCCAUGCCAGAUAUCUCCCAUCCCCAGAACAGUUGAAGUACAAGAUUCUUAUCAAGGCAAAAAAAUUGCCACCAGGUUUAGAUGAAAGGAUAGAGUCAGGAGAAGUUAGCGAUGAGGACAGUGCUGAUGAGAUGGAAGAACAGUUUAAGGUGAAAGAUUCCUUGAGGUAUAAACAAGUGGAAUGUUUUGCCAAAGCUAAGCUGGCUUCAUUGGCCAGAGAGUCCGCAUCACCAACCAGGAGAAUAAACUUCAAGUUUCCAAGGAAGUCUCCAUCGAAAAGGUCAAGAAGUAAAAGUUUCAGUGAAGGAGCAAUGGAUCCCGAGACGGCUCACUAUCUUCAUCAACAAUCAAAUUUAGUUGAGGAACCGAAGAGAAGAACAAGUCUAUCAGCUUCAUUUGGAAAAUUAAAACUCUCCAAGAAAAAAAGGCAAAGCCUUCCUGGAUUGGAUCCGAUGUAUGUUCAUUCAGAAGAGAUGACUCCCGAGUAUUCCACAUCAGCUAAAAUAGAACAUGGUAAACUGAAAUUCAAAACAAGACGAGCAAGUGAAGUUGCACUCCAAAGUAAACUACGACGAAAUAGUGACACAAGUUCUGCUUCUAGCAAAGAGAACUUGGAUACAAUUGGACAACAGCGGAGGAGGGUGUCGAUUUGUACACGAAAAAACACAGUGAUGUUAUCUCGGCAUUUGUCAGAUCUUGUCAAGUAUACAAUGUCUGUUGGAUUCAAUGAUUUCACAUACAACACACCUUGCUGGGAAUUGCCAUCGUUUGGUGAAAGUAAAGCUUUCCAACUAGCGUUAAACAGAGGACAACAGUUUACCCAUUUCAACAAACGUAAACUGAGUCGUUGUUAUCCAGCAGCAUAUCGUAUUGAUUCAAGUAAUUAUAACCCUGUACCAAUGUGGAACUGUGGAAUUCAAUUAGUUGCGUUGAAUUACCAGACUGAUGGCCGAGCUAUGCAACUUAAUAAUGCCAAAUUCUCCACCAAUGGACAGUGCGGCUUUGUUUUGAAACCAGAAGUAUUAUGUGAUGAGAAAUCCAUGUUUGAUCCACAUACAACUGAACCAAUCCCUGGAGUACUCAGAAAACAGCUCAUUAUAAGAAUUCAAAGUGGACAACAGCUGCCAAAACCACCACAGAGUAUACUGGGAGAACGUGGAGAGAUAAUAGACCCUUACGUUGAAGUUGAAAUAAUUGGCAUACCAAUUGAUUGUGCACGGAGACAAACAAGGACAAUACAAGACAAUGGAUUUAACCCUGUGUGGGAUGAAACCAUGGUAUUCACAAUAAACCUGCCUGAAUUGGCUUUAGUGCGGAUUGUGGUCUGGGAUGAAGAUCCAAUAGGAAGGGACUUUAUUGGACAAAAAACACUGCCAUUUACAAGUAUACUGCCAGGUUAUCGUCAUAUUCGGCUGGAGGGUUUGAAUGAAGCCUCUAUAUUUGUACAUAUCACUAUUAAUGAUUUUUCAGAUAAGAUAAAGAACAAAGCCAAUAGAAAGAGAAAUAUUCUUUCAAAGACAGGAAGGCAGACGACACUUGAAGCCCCCGAGAGAGUAUCAUUGAGAAAAAAAUCAUUUACCAGUAAGCUGAGGAGGCAGAGUAGUGUGCCUAAUAUGCCAAGUAGUUCACGGAGACCUCGAGAUGCUCCAGCGAUUCAUGGUAUUAGAACAGAAAACAACAAUGCUGAUAAAGGGAUAUCAAAGAAGAAGACUGUGACAUUCGUGACUCCGGUAUCUUAUGUAUUGCCUAGAGUUGUGAAGGCAUGGCUCGACGAGAAUACAAAUAGAAAUAUCGGACCAGUGGAAAUUCAAAUGAUUCUGAGAUUUAUGACAAUAUCUCAGUUGUUAACUGCUGUGAGGGAAGGACAACUAUGUAUCAAUGUAGUUGGGUAUGAUCCUAUACCACACAAGAAACAACUUUAUAUCAAACAUUUACAGGCACCUCCCUGCUAUACUGAGGCUGUUAAGCGAUCAUUAUUGUAUCGGAAGCGUGGAUUCCAUGGGUUAAAACCACACAUCAGAUAUGAAUUAUCAUCUUCUUUGUCUUCAAUGAGUAGUACUAUUUUACCAGACACCUCAACAGAUCGAGAUUCUUUGGAUUCUUCAUCAGUUGCUUCUACAAAUUCCUCUUCUCAUGAUAUGAUGGACACCAAGCAUGUGAAAGGUACAUCGUACAGGAAUGGUGGAUAUAUGCCAGUGAGGGAUGUCACCAACAGUUAUCCCAAACGCUCCGUGAAAACCACCAAGAAAAAGAAGUACAUAAAGUCACAGCAUAUUAAUCAAUCCCAGAGUUCAUUGUCACAUCCUUUUAGUUUGUGUCAUGAAAUUGAUCGUACGAAUGAAACAAUGAGACCAGAUGUAAUGGAUGCAGCAUCAGCACUACUGAUGCUUCAUGGGGCUGAGAAUCGUGAAGUGUUUCCCAGAGAUGUUAAAACAUUUUGUGACGAAGAAAUGGAAUGUUCAUCUACGAGCGAAUACAGGGAAACAGACACUAUAUCAGAACUGACUACAAGCAGUGAGAGCAGUAGUGAAGAUGAAAGGAACCAGCCAACCUACCAAACUAUUAUGAAAACUAUAGCAAUGAACAAUCCUGUUUCAGAAUACGAUGAAGAUGUCAUGAAAGAUGACAUAGAUUCAGCUGAUAUAGGUAAAAGCACAACAUGCGAUUUCUUAAUUGACAGUGAAUCAUCAAGUAACCAAACAACUUCUAGGAAUUCUAGAUCAGCAUCUCAUUCAACUAAGUAUACAGACUUACAAAUAAUCAGUGACCAGGAUAAAUAUAUAGACAAGCAGGAAAUAAAGAUGACACACCAUUUAUUGAACCCAAAACAAACACCUAAGAGCAAAUGUAUAAAUAUUCAGGGUGAGAAACACAAAUCAAUCAGACCAUCAACUAACUCCAUGACAGUGUUUGCUGUUCUUUCAAAACCGAACAAGUUUGUUGGAGCAACAGAGGUAAAGUAUGCAAACAGUGAUGCAAAACCUGAAGAGAAACAAUACAGGGAAAAGCAAAAUGAACCACCAAAUUUAGAAGUUGUUAGUCCAGAUAUAUCUAUGGAUGUGACAUCAAAUGAUCAUAUCUGGAGCUCCAAUUUGAGUACAUGUAGUUCUUCUGACUCUGGGGAGGGUUUUUAUAGUGAUUACUCGCCAAAUGUGACAUUGGAAAGGCCAGCAAAGUCUGCCAAAACAGUGUCAAACAAAGCAAGACAUGAUUCCACAAAAGGAUUGCUUAUAAAAAUUCAACAUAACACAGCAAGGAGGAUUAAACAUGAACAGGGAAAAGAGAAGGCCAAACGAUAUGUUGCUGGGCAUUCAAAUACUGAUACGAAUCAAUUUGGUAAUGUUUAUGCAAAUCAUAAUGGAAAUCUGCCUCAUAGCAAUCUUAACGGACGAGAUGAUAAAGAGAUGAAAUUGAGAACAGAUAAUCAAAUUCACACUGCGAAUUGUGGCACAUCAUCUGAUGUUAGCAAAGAUGACACUACCAUACAUAAGAUUAAAAUGUCACAAUCAGUAUCUAUCUCAGUAGAUUGCAAUUCUGAUUCCAGCUGUGAUGGUCAUUCUACUACCAGCUCAUCAUCAGUGGAAACUGUUGUUGAUAUGUCUUUGGAAUGUCUUGGGAAAUGUACUCCAAAAACCUCUACUGUGAUUCCUGCCAAAAAAGCAAAUUCUCUCAGCCUUGAUAAUUUGACUUUGAGACAAAUUUUCAACCAGUCUGAAUAUCAGUCAUUCAUGGAAAACAUGAGCAAAUCAAAUCAUAAGGAUUGCUCAAAAAAUAAUAAAUUCAGGAAUGAUAACGAACCUCAAACUAGGAAGUUGGACAAGAAGCUUGGACCAAAGCAUUAUGAGGCAAUACUCAAGAGAUCAACAUCAUCUUUUAACAAAAAUAAGUCUGCUAGUACAACAUCAGUUGCUGAUCAGCUGAAAAUGCUGACUAGCAUGGAUGAUGAUUUUGCUGUUGCAGCAGAGAAGAUUCACCAGAUAGACUGUUUUUCUAAUGAGGAUAAGACAAUCAAUUCGUCACAAUCCAAUACAAGGACGGAUUGCCUGGACAAUGGCAUUGGACAGAAAGUUGGGGUAAAUAAACAUGCAGUACUUUUGGAAUACACACCACAGUUAUCCAAAACUAAGACAAAAACUACACCAGCAUCUGAAACAAUGUCAAAACGAUCAAAACUUUCACAGAGUCUUUCACAUUUGACAGACUUUAAAAUGCCUCUAUUGACCCGGAAAAAGACAGAGAAUGUAGAUGGCUAUCUGUCAGAUGAAACAUGGCAACAGAAGAGGUGUGAACCAAAGAAAGAUACUCGAUCAUCUGUGUUCCAUGUGCAGCGAUUUGGGGCUGCCGUGUUUGCAUUGGUCAAAACGCAAAGCAACAAUUGA